CGCUGUCACCCAUUGAAGAUGACUUGGAUAAUUUUGGAGAGCGGGUGGGGGAGGAGAUUGAAGCCCUUGGGAACCAGUGCGAGGAGAAUCCACCUUAUGUCAAGCACUUUGAUGCAUGGGGGAAUCGUGUGGAUGAUUUAAUCACAUGUGAAGCAUGGAAAAAACAAAAGGCCAUAGCAGCUGAGGAAGGGAUCGUGGCUAUUCCAUAUGAAAGGAAAUAUGGAUCUUGGAGCCGUGUUUAUCAAGCUGCAAAAAUGAUAUUGUAUGGGCCAUCAUCUGGUCUUUAUUCCUGUCCUUUGGCUAUGACUGAUGGAGCUGCUAAGAUCUUUGAGAAUGAUAGUGUGCUUUCAUCUGAGUUGCAACGGAGUGCCUUUGGUCAUUUGACAUCUCGGAAGCCUGAAACAUUUUGGACAUCUGGACAAUGGAUGACAGAGAAGAAAGGAGGAUCCGAUGUAGCUGGUGGAACAGAAACAUUGGCCUACCCACAGAACGAUGGAUCCUUCAAUCUCCAUGGUUACAAGUGGUUCUCGUCAGCCACAGACAGUGAUAUGACUCUAACUUUAGCAAGAAUUGUAGAUGAUGAUGGCCAAUAUAAAGAGGGUACCAGAGGGCUAUCUUUGUUUUACCUUGAAACUCAUACAGCAGAAGGUAAACUGAACGGUAUAGAGAUACACAAACUGAAGAACAAACUUGGCACCAGGCAACUUCCUACUGCAGAAUUAUUAUUAGAUGGGACUAAAGCACAUCUUGUAUCCAAACCAGGGUUUGGUGUGUCUAACAUCGCCACUAUGCUGACCGUUAGCCGCUUCCACACUGCUAUUAUGGCAGUAGGUGCAAUGAGAAGGAUGAUGCUCAAUGUGAGAGACUACUCGUUCAGAAGGAAAGCAUUUGGGAAGUUGAUUGUUGACUGGCCUCUUCAUGUACAAACUAUGAGCAGAAUGGAGGUGGAGACAAGAGGAGCCAUAGCUCUGCUCCUGGAAUGCUCCCAUCUCCUUGGCAAGGAGGAGACAAAGGAAGCAUCUGAGGAUGAUCUUAACCUUCUCCGUCUUCUCAUCCCAGUUGUCAAACUCUACACCGGCAAACAGGCUGUUAGCAUUGCCUCUGAAGGUCUAGAGAGCAUUGGUGGACAGGGUUACAUAGAGGAUACAGGCCUCCCAAAGAUACUCAGAGAUGCUCAGGUUUUGAGCAUCUGGGAAGGUACUACAAACAUCCUUUCCUUAGAUGUACUCCGCUCUAUCAUCAAGAGCCAAGGCCAAACUAUGGAGACAUUCCUCAGACAGGUCCAAACACGCUCUGCUCCAUUCAUCUCUGCCUCCAACCAGGACAUUCAAGCAACAGCCAAGCUCAUUGGGCAGUCAUGCAAUAAUCUGAAGAAUUUCUUGAUGGAAGCAGCCAAUCAGGAUGCAGGUUACAUGGAGCUGGCUGCCAGGGACUUUGCCUACAGUAUUGCAAGGACCUACACUGGGUUGCUGUUGUUGGAACAUGCUACAUGGGAACGAGCCAGUGUGGAAGAUAUCGCUGUAGCUAAAAGGUGGUGCCAAAUGGAUAUGUGUCCAGUUUCAACUCAGCAUGCAACAGGAACUUAUUCAAUGGAAGCAAGCUCGCUGGACUACAGAACAGUCAUGGCAGGUUACCAACAAAAAGAUUAAACAAGGAAGAAAUGAAGGAGAACAAUGGAUAGUGAGUGAGAGAAAGAAAGAGAGAGAGAGAGAGAGAGAUAGGGGGUGUGGGGAGUGGCGAGGGAGAGAAGAGAAGAUGGAUUAACUUAUUAGAUCCAUUCAAUCAGGUUUGGGAAGAGAAUAUAAAUGGAAGUGGGAGUGAGAGAAAGAGAGAUUGGGUGGGAAAAUAAAUAAUUGAAAUAGGGAGGGGAGACAGCAGGGUAAAAAUUAUAUAGCCAAAUGCAGCUGUAAAUAAUAUAUUUUUGUUGAACUUUUCUCAUUUGUGCUUUUAACAAAUUGAAUUAGCUACUGUAAAUAAUCACAAAUCCUUGAUUAUGAUCAUGAUAUAUACAGUGCUUCAAAUGCUGAAUUUACAUCGGCAUGAAAAUCAGCAUAAAAAUAGACAUAUUUGCAUUUAUAUAUUUUGAUGUAUCUUUUUGAUAUUGCCUAGUAUAUGCACAAAUGUUAUUUGAUUUUUAUGAGAUGAACCAACUUGUUUUAUUAGACAACUCGAAUAGAGUGGCAGAUUGAAUAUGCGGGUAUUUAGGUAAACCAUCGUAGAUGUGAUCAUUUUUCAAUGGAAAUUAUCCCUGUUGCAACACAAAGAUAAAUAUGAUGCUGAUGUACUGUGGGGGGGGGGGGGCAUUGCAAGAAACCUCAAUAUCAUAUUUAGGUCACCAAAUCAAUUAUAAGUCUUGUAUUUGAUAGCUAAUAUGAAAUUCAUUGCUGGUCUGCUUUCUUGCAACAGAAAGUGUCAUUCAAGUCAACUCCUAUAGCUAUAGUUCAGGUAGAGCAAUUUAUAUUAUCAAUUAUUUCAAACAUGCAAUAACCUCACUGUUAAGAUAGUUGACUACCAUUUAAUGACAUUACUCUAGAGUUAGCAGUUUUGGUCUUAAAAGAUUGAUCCGUUAGAUCAGUAAUUUGGGUUUUGUCUUUAACCAGACAUGUCCAGAAAGGAUAGUGACCAAUUAUUAAACACAAGUAUGCAAACUUGAUCAAAACUGGUGAAACUGUAAAAUGCAUGACCUAAAACAUUCAUUUUAUUAUGAAUUUGUCAAAUUAGUUACCAGUUGUUGCAAAAUUCAUGAUCUGUUACUCAUCUUUGCACAUUUCAUGAAAAGAUGGUUUAGGUGACAAGUUCAGUUUUAUCUGACAGUUACCAUAGUAACAGAGUUUUCUCAGCCAAUGCGAAUCACAAUGGGGGCUGUGUGGUCUAGUGGUUAUGACUCUCGUCUUUCAUUCUGAGGGACUGGGAUCCAGCCAUGGUGUGUUUUCCUUCAGCAAGAAAUUUACCUACAUUGUGCUGAACUCACCCCUUGAAUGUUCAGCACCUAAUUAUGGCAGCACAGUUAAAGCCGGGGUAAUGAUAGCAGUACUUUGUAUCCUCAGGCAAAUAGCGUUUAAUUAAUUCAGCUAUUAUUAUCAUUAAAAAAAGUUUGUCAGAUCCGACAACUUGUCGGACAAAAAAUGUUGAUGAAACUAUAUCCUGAGCCACCACAUAUACUGAAUGAGUAAGAAUAGAAAACUUCAGAAAAAUAUCAUUAUUACCAAUUUGAUUUGAAUACAUCAUGAACACAAAUCUUUUUUACCUGUAUAUGUUCUUGAAGAGUAUCUUCUCCCAAAUAAUUUAACACUAUUUUUAUGACUGCAAUGAGCAUAAUGAAUAAAUCCAGAUGACAUCAUAUCCUACAUGGGUCCAGCAAACUCCAUUACAAACUACUAUUUUAGUGUGUAUCAAACAUACUUUUAGUUUCAUUAAGAAUUGCUUUGCAUUGAAGUUCACUGCCAUCCAUGUGCAGGAUUAUGACCUUAAGUUCAUUGACAUCUUGAUUCGUUUAUCACAGUCAUGUAUCAAAUUUGACAUCGCAGCGAGGAAUACCUCCUGAUUAUCCAAGCGUUAACAUUGUAGUACAUGAAAUUGGUAUCAAACUAUUUGGAACUAGAUACUCUUGGGAUGUUUUUCAUAAAAUUGGUGUCUGUUUAGGUGUAAUCGCUUUCUCACUUACUUGGUAUAACUUUGUUUUAAAGUACAAUUUAUUGUGUUUUGUCUAUUUUGAUACCUCAGAUAUGUUGGAAAACUUGGAAUUAUACCUCUGGUCUGUUGUAAAACUUGGGGAUAAAUGAAAUUAAUUCAUGUACAAUAAUUGAUUAUUGUGGGCUUGCAGUAAAUUAAAGAUUUCAUUUUGAUCUGAAAUACUAAAACCUGCAGAGAACCAGAAAAUGGAGCUCAUUAUUAGAUAGAUAUUCUGUCAGAAGAUUUUCAUGGUUUACGUUAGUGUUUAAAAAUGCAGUUGACAUAUAAAAAUGCAGUUGACUUAUACAUUCACUUAAUGUGCUAAUCUGCCAUUUACUAUUCUGGAGUAUACAUUUGAAUGUCACUUUUAUUUUUUUAAUUAGUAGCGUAUUUGUUUGGCCUGUGAAAAGUGUAAUCUUGACCUGAUAAAAUCGCAACUUCUUUGAAACCUAUAUCAUUUUUAAAGCAUAGAUCAUCAGGUGAUCAUGAUGAAAAAAGACAAUUUGAGUUAAUAUAAAAGAAAAGUGUAAAACUGAGUGAAGGUAAAAUUUAUUAUCUUUUAGCAUGUUAAGAUUGAACGUCUCCCUUACAUUACGAAAUUAAAAAACAAUUUAAAACACACUGAAAUGAAGGAAAGAUCCUUCUUGGUAACAAAAGUGACCAAAAAUAUGAAAUUUGAUUAAUGUCUUUUACUAUAUACGUAUGUAGCAUAUUCAAAUAUUGAAGUUAUAUUCUGAAAAUUUUCCAGGAAUGGGUUAAUGUACAAUUUGAUAUUUUAUGAGAUUGCAGAAAUUACACUUAAAAGUUUUAUUUGCAAUACGAGAGGAUAAUGUAUUAUACAUGAAUGUAGAUUUUUUUUUAGAUUUGAUAAAGAUUAGCCUUUUGCCAUUCUCUUUGUUGAAUAUUACUUUCUAUGUUUCCACCAUUAUUUCCCACAAAAGAAGAAAUUGUGAACUCAUUGUUAAUAUUUGGCAUUGUAUAUGGAUAUAUGAUAGUAAUAUCAAUAAUAUAUGUAUAAUCAUAAUGGGAAUAAAUAAAUACACAAUGAAAGAUCUAGAA